AGCGCGGGGAUCGGGGAGGGUUUCAGGGUGGAAGGGAGCUCUGGCAGGGACACCCGGGGCAGGAACGCGCCCCCCAGGCUGCCCCCAGCUCCUCGCGUGAUGGAUUACGCCAAGUCCCUGAGCCAGCGCCUGGCUGCCCCCGUGUCCAAAUGUGUCUCGGCCAGCGCCUCCAUGACCCAGCAGCUGCUGGCGGGCCCGGCCCCACGGCCCCGGCCCUACCGCGUGUGCAACUGGGACCGCAGCCUGCGCAAGGGAGUCACGGCCCCGAGCCUCGCCGAGCUGCUGCGCCAGGCUCAGAGCGCCCUGGCCCUGCCCGCGCCCAUCGCGCUGGUGCUGGACGAGGACGGCACGGCGGUGGAGACCGAGGCCUUCUUCCGCAGCCUGGAGGAGAGCACGGCCCUGAUGGCCCUGAGCAAGGGGCAGAGCUGGACUGCCCCCAAGACACGUGGCUACCAGGUGAGCCUGUCCCGCAAGCCCCCGCGCAGGAUCGACGUCGCCUGCGUCACCUUCGACCUGUACAAGACCCACCCGAAGGACCUGGGCUGCCUCAACGUCAAAGCCACCCUGUAUGGCACCUACAGCAUGUCCUACGACCUGCGCUGCCACGGCGCCCGGCGCCUGGUGAAGGAAGCCCUGCGCUGGGCACUGCUCACCAUGCAGGCCACGGGCCACGUCCUGCUGGGCACCUCGUGCUACAUGCAGCAGCUCCUGGAUGCCACCGAGGAGGAGCAGAAGGAAGAGGAGAAGGGCCCGCUGCCCCUUCAGAACCUCCUGCCCUGCGGCCUCCCCGCCCUGCCCUACAAGAAGAUGUCGCAGUGAGGCUGGCUGGCCUGGCCUGUCCCCUCCGCUGUGCCCCCAGCCCUCGGGGGUCCCAGCACCCCGCUAGGUCAAUGCCUGGGCAGAGGCUGCCAACGGUGCCUGGCACAGCCUCUCCUUGCACUCUGCUGGCUGAGUGUGGACGGAUCUGCUCUGGAAUAGCUGCUGCUCUGUAAAUAUAUUUAUUUAAGCAAAGUUCUCCUGAAGUCA